GAGAGAGUUUUCCGCAGUAGACCUGAAAACCCAGCCAGCCGCGGAUUGGCGCAUCCCAGCUGCGGCCGCCUGAGUCAUCCGAGUCGUUCUGGAACGGGGCACCAACUUGCGUGUUUGUCCGCGGCUCUUUGUGCGCGGAUCAGCUGUACCGUGGGCUCUGGCAUCUAAUCCAGGAUUUGCCUCUGCGCGAGGCUUAUGGAAAGCAGAUGUCUCGCCGCUCUGGGACUGAGCACAGAAUGGAAGUGACCCAGAGAGGAGCUGUUUGGUACGGACGACACGGAGGGAAGGCCCCGGCGCGGCCCGCGAGGCCAGCUUCGCUCCUCGCGUCCGUUCCCUCUGCCGAGCCCGCCGCUCAGACCGCGUCCGGCGAGCGAGCCGUGUGACCGUGAGGACGCGUGGGGCGGGAGCCGGGACACCGGGGUCCGCGGCCGCCAGAGAUCCGGGUGCGAGCAGCAGCCGCGAGGGUCGCGCAGCGUGCAGGGUCGAGGACAGCCGGCCCCCCAUGUCAGUGGUCUAGGAUGGCCAGUGAGGGCGCCAGCAUCCCAAGUCCUGUGGUGCGCCAGAUCGACAAGCAGUUUCUGAUCUGCAGCAUAUGCCUGGAACGGUACAAGAGCCCCAAGGUCCUGCCCUGUCUGCACACUUUCUGCGAGAGGUGCCUACAGAACUACAUCCCAGCCCACAGCUUAACCCUCUCCUGCCCGGUGUGUCGCCAGACCUCCAUCCUGCCUGAGAAAGGGGUGGCCGCACUCCAGAACAACUUCUUUAUCACGAACCUCAUGGAUGUGCUGCAGCGGACGCCAGGCAGCAACGGCGAGGACUCUUCCAUCCUGGAGACGGUCACCGCUGUGGCUGCAGGAAAGCCUCUUUCGUGCCCAAACCACGAUGGAAAUGUGAUGGAAUUUUACUGCCAGUCCUGUGAGACCGCCAUGUGUCGGGAGUGCACGGAGGGAGAGCACGCGGAGCACCCCACAGUCCCCCUGAAGGAUGUGGUGGAGCAGCACAAGGCCUCUCUCCAGGUCCAGCUGGACGCAGUCAACAAAAGACUCCCAGAAAUAGAUUCUGCUCUUCAGUUCAUCUCAGAAAUCAUCCAUCAGUUAACCAACCAAAAGGCCAGCAUUGUGGACGACAUCCACUCCACUUUUGAUGAGCUGCAGAAGACUUUAAAUGUUCGCAAGAGCGUGCUGCUCAUGGAGCUGGAGGUCAACUAUGGCCUCAAACACAAAGUGCUGCAGUCGCAGCUGGAUACCCUGCUCCAAGGUCAGGAAAGCAUUAAGAGCUGCAGCAACUUCACGGCGCAGGCCCUCAACCAUGGCACGGAGACGGAGGUGUUGCUGGUGAAGAAGCAGAUGAGCGAGAAGCUGAACGAACUGGCGGACCAGGACUUCCCACUGCACCCGCGCGAGAACGACCAGCUGGAUUUUAUCGUGGAAACCGAGGGACUGAAGAAGUCUAUCCACAACCUGGGGACCAUCCUCACCACUAACGCGGUCGCCUCUGAGACGGUGGCCACGGGCGAGGGGCUGCGGCAGACCAUCAUCGGGCAGCCCAUGUCCGUUACUAUAACCACCAAGGACAAAGACGGAGAGCUGUGCAAGACAGGCAACGCAUACCUCACCGCUGAGCUCAGCACCCCGGACGGCAGCGUGGCGGACGGAGAGAUCCUGGACAACAAGAACGGCACCUACGAGUUCCUGUAUACUGUGCAGAAGGAGGGGGACUUCACCCUGUCCCUCAGGCUCUACGACCAGCACAUCCGAGGCAGCCCGUUUAAGCUCAAGGUCAUCCGCUCUGCCGACGUGUCCCCCACCACCGAGGGCGUGAAGCGACGAGUCAAGUCCCCCGGGAGCGGGCACGUCAAGCAGAAGGCCGUGAAGAGACCCGCCAGCAUGUACAGCACCGGCAAGCGAAAAGAGAACCCCAUCGAGGACGACCUGAUCUUCCGAGUCGGUACCAAAGGAAGAAACAAAGGAGAAUUUACAAACCUGCAGGGUGUGGCAGCAUCUACGAGUGGAAAGAUCUUAAUUGCGGAUAGUAACAACCAGUGUGUGCAGAUCUUUUCUAAUGAUGGACAGUUCAAAAGUCGUUUCGGCAUCCGAGGACGAUCACCCGGACAGCUCCAGCGGCCCACUGGGGUAGCGGUGCACCCCAGUGGGGACAUCAUUAUUGCAGAUUAUGACAACAAAUGGGUUAGCAUUUUCUCCAAUGAUGGGAAGUUUAAGACGAAAAUUGGAUCGGGAAAACUGAUGGGGCCCAAAGGAGUUUCUGUGGACCGCAAUGGGCACAUUAUUGUGGUGGACAACAAGGCGUGUUGUGUGUUCAUCUUCCAACCCAACGGGAAAAUAGUCACCAGGUUUGGUAGCCGAGGAAACGGGGACAGGCAGUUUGCAGGUCCCCAUUUUGCAGCUGUGAAUAGCAAUAAUGAGAUCAUCAUUACAGAUUUCCAUAAUCACUCUGUCAAGGUAUUUAAUCAAGAAGGAGAAUUCAUGUUGAAGUUUGGCUCAAAUGGAGAAGGAAAUGGGCAGUUUAAUGCACCAACAGGUGUAGCCGUGGACUCAAAUGGAAACAUCAUUGUGGCUGACUGGGGGAACAGCAGGAUCCAGGUUUUUGAUGGGAGUGGAUCAUUUUUGUCCUACAUCAACACAUCUGCUGACCCACUCUAUGGCCCCCAGGGCCUGGCUCUCACUUCAGAUGGCCAUGUUGUGGUUGCAGACUCCGGAAACCACUGUUUCAAGGUCUACCGGUACUUACAGUAACAGUGGACAGCUCUGUCCUGAGGUCUUGCACUAGAAACUGGAAUGGAGUUCUCAAGGUGGGACCAGACUACGAUAGGACUUUUCAUACUAGGAAGAAUCUUUGGUGAACUUCCCAAGGUUAUUUCUGAAUGUAAUCAUUUCCUUAAAAACUGUCUAUCCAAUUUCCGUAAUUCACUUUUAGGAUUUCAAAAGAAUCUUCUUCUACUGAAUCCAUACAAACUGCGAAGUUUUACACCCGUCAACUAUGGCCCCUAAGACAGGGAUUUCUGUAGUUAAACUAAUUUUGCAAAUCAGACGUUAAAAAAAAAUUAGCGUAUCUGUUGACUGGUGAAUGAAUGAUAGCCUUUGCAUAGAGCUUCCAAGAACAAAACUUGUAGUUGCCUAUUUUAUUUAACUUCGAUCACAAGACCCAAGGGACCUUCUAACCUCACUUUUACAGUAGGUGUUAUUAUUCUGGUGACAUGUUUUUGCUUAUAAACAACCACAUAUAAAUUACCGUAGAAAAAUUCAAGGCCGUCUUGCAAGAUCCUCUCAGCUCUGACUCAGGGCCCUCUUGAGUUGAGCCCAUCAGAAUCAAUGCAAAUUCCCCAAAUUUCCUGGGUUUGAUCAAAGAUCGUUUCCGUGUGUUCUCUUCACCUUCUCAUUUCUGCUCACCUUGCAUCAGAAAAUGAAAUAUAUUUUCAGGAAAACCUGAAAUUCCCGAUGCUUUGGAAGGCAUGUAGCAAGAGCAAGGGGACCCUUUGGUUAUUAGUUUCAGAUCAACACACUGGAAUGGAAUCAAGAGAAGUCACAUCCAUGUGCCAUGAGUUCAUGUGUCUUUCCUCUUCCACAUCACAAAAGCGAAAGCUUUACCUCCUGCGAAACGUUAGCACAUGUAGUCGGACGCCAGUGUCCUAGGACAGAGAGCCAUAAGCAGCCCUUUGGAGGAUGGAUGGUGUCAACCAAAGGCAUGUGAUGGAUUCAUGAGUUCCCCUUAGAGAGCAAGUGUUACCAAAGUUCUGUUGAGCGUUACAGGUAAGGGCAUGUUGUGGUUAUUUAUCAUUGUCUAAUGAGUAGUAGAGGCAUUAAGGGGGCAAGUAUACAUGGUUAGGGUAAGAUAGAAUGUAUUAUACAUAUAUAUAAAUAUAUAGCUGAGUUCUUGGUGUGUGGGAAUGGGCAGCACCCUGAGAGACAGAAGCAUCAUCCAGCCAUCCUUCAGCACAUUCCCUGGCUGCUGCAGUCUGAAGCCAUCCCUGGGGAGUGAGCCCCACAGCAGGUUUCAGCAUUGCCAUUUUUUGGCGUGAUGGUGAUGUCUGGCUUCCAGUCAUAUGACCUUCUUUGUGUUCAAGAAAGAAAGAAAGAAAGAAGAAAAGGAAGGGAAGAAAGAAAGAAAGAAAGAAAGAAAGAAAGAAAGAAAGAAAGAAAUGUUUAAACAUUGAGUUUGAGUUACCUUUCAUUUAGGUGUAAAUGCAUUUUGAGAAACAUUACCUGUCACGAAUACUGUAAACUAAGAUGCGUUCUCUUUCCACUGAUUUUCUACUCAGUUUUACCAAAUAGGAAUGUUGUGUUUGGCAUGUUUAAUGAUGACGUUGGGAUGUCAUUCAUUGAAAGCACCUUAGAUAUCUAUUGUAAAAGACAUUUUCCCUUAGAUACAAAUGAUGAUGUUUAUGGCUUAUUAUCUUAAAAUUCAAAUGUUCUUGAUAUAAAAAAUUUUUAAAAAUUUUAGAAGGGAAAUCUGGCUACUUCCAAUGGUCUAUUUAAUUCAUUAUGCCCAAAUCAACAUCUGGGUGGAAAAACCUUAUUUUCAGAAGAUUUACAUUGGUGUUUAGCUUAUUAUUACUUUAGUUCUGUGGGGUUUUAAAAUAUACAAGCAUGUCUGUACUAGACAUAAAAUUGAAUACCAAUUUUAGAACGAUAAGGUAAGACUGCUUCUGAAUAUCAUGAAAUAAGUCUUUGAUAUUUUGGUUUUAAUUUUUUUUUUUCUUGAUGCUGGGGAUGGUACUCAUGGCCUCAGACAUAUUCAGCAAGAGCCCUAUAGUUGGGCAGAGCCUACAGCCCAACCUUCAGUAUGAGCUUCAGUGUUCCAGGAAUGCGUGUAGGCACUGGGACCAGAGAGAUGCAUAGAAGAAAAAGGCAUCUCUGUACUUAUACAGCUUAUAUUCUGGAAAGAAGACAUUGUUGUGCUGUUUUUAAUAGUCUGCCUGCAGGAUUGUUUCUGUUUCUGGGCUAUUUAAAAGAAAGCUUUUUAAAAAAAAGCUUUCUUUUAAAAA